ACUACGCCCCCCUCUAUGUUCCCUCCUCUCCCCCUGCAGGACACUCCUCGCAGUGAUUACACAGAGAUCACACUCCCAGCACUCCAGGAAGAGCGACACGAAGAGCAGAAGAGGAAACAUCGUACUGUACACAGACAACCUUCAAUAAUGCCGCCAUUUCCUCCAUGUUGUGGCCUUAUCAUCGUGGAUUCCCGCCAGCCAGUCCCUCUGCAGGGGAUCUGGGUUGACGUCCAGGUGAAAGGCUUUGUGGCGGACGUAUCGGCGACUCUCAAGUAUAAGAACAAGGAGGAGAAGGCGAUAGAAGCGGUCUUUGUCUUCCCCAUGGAUGAAGACUCCGCCGUCUACAGCUUUGAGGCCACAAUAGAGGGGAAGAAGAUUGUAGCCGACCUCCAGGAGAAGAAGGAGGCUCAUAAAACCUACGAUGAGGCCAUCAGCCGGGGUGAACAAGCCUUUCUCCUGGAGGAAGAUGAGAGCUCGGCGGACAUCUUUAGCUGCAGUGUCGGGAAUCUCCCUCCUGGCCAGGAGGCCGAGGUCACCCUGAAAUAUGUGCGGGAGUUGCCGGUGGAGGCAGACGGAGCUGUGCGCUUUGUACUCCCGGCCAUCCUCAACCCGAGAUACACCCCAAAAGAUCAUGAUGUGAGCAUUACAGCCACACGUCCUCAGGUGCCGAUUGGUGAGAUCCCGUACACGCUGAGUCUGAACGCUCACUUCCAGUCCAUGUACGGCAUCGCCAAGAUCGAGUCCAAAUGUAACAUCACCCCUCUGGAGUACACAGAUAGUGACAAGACCAGCGCCAAGGUGUCACUGGUUGAGGGUCACAAGUUUGAUCGAGAUGUAGAGUUCUUGGCUUAUUAUACGGAUGUGAACAAACCCAGCGUCACUGUGGAGGCGGGGCUUGGAGCUACAGACGCUGCUCAAGAAUCAGGACCGGCGCCAUCAGGGUCCAUCAUGGCGGAGUCGGUGGCCAUGUUGAAUUUCUACCCGAGUUUCCCAGCUGGACAGGAGCAGUCCAAUUGCGGCGAGUUUAUUUUCCUCGUGGACCGGUCUGGGAGUAUGGAAUGUUCAAUGAAUUCUGAGCCAAAUGCCCCACAGAGGAUUGAUAGUGCCAGGGAGACGCUGGUUCUUCUAUUGAAGAGUUUACCUCUCGGGUGUUACUUUAAUAUUUACGGCUUUGGCUCCCGUUUUGAAGCCUUCUUCCCGGAGAGUGUGGAGUACACACAGAAGUCUAUGGAGGAGGCGGUGAAGAAGGUGAAUGAGAUGGACGCCAGUUUUGGAGGAACAGAAAUUCUCCAACCCUUAAAGAAGAUCUACCAAACAGCCGGGAGAGCCGAGCACCCCCGACAGCUUUUUGUCUUCACAGACGGAGAAGUCGGGAACACAAAGCAAGUGAUUGACGAAGUUCAGAAAAAUGCUCAGAAACACCGGUGUUUUACAUUUGGAAUCGGUGAAGGAGCCUCCACGUCCCUCAUUAAAGGCAUGGCCCGGGCAGGAAGUGGAAUCUUUGAGUUUAUCACUGGCAAAGACCGCAUGCAACCCAAGGUUCUUCGGGCACUCAAAUGCUCCUUACAGCCCACUGUGAAGGACGUCUCUCUCACAUGGACCCUUCCUUCCGGUGUGGAAGCCAUCGUCCUGUCCAAAGUCCCUAAUGCAAUCUUCCAGGGUCAAAGAUCUAUUGUCUACGCUCAGCUGAAGGGAAAGGUGGAGAAUGAAGCGGAAGGUGAGGUCUGUCUGCAGUACAAGUUUAAAGAUGAAAUGAUAAAGAAUGAUCUUCGUUUCCCGCUGAAGGUGCAGAACGCGGAAAGGCCCACCAUCCACAGACUGGCAGCCAAAACUCUGAUCUCUGAACUGGAACAUGGACCAGAGUCAGAGUCUGAGGAAGUGAAGAAGAAGAUCUUGGAGACCAGUCUGCAAUCUGGUGUUGUCUCCUCUCUCACAGCCUAUGUAGCCGUCAACAAGGACACCAAGACACGCGUGGAGGGUCCUCCUGUGCGCCGGGAUGUCCCAGCUCCAGCAUUUUUGAUGAUGCAUUCAGGAUUCCAUGCACCACCUGGAAGGAUGGCUUAUUGUUCUGCUCCCAUGGCAAUGCCUAAGAUGGCAAUAGGCAAAAGAAAACAGAACGUCCUUAGCAAAAAAAUGGCAUCGCCAGCACCUUUUUUUGGAGGAGCACCUGAGAUGUUACGCUGUGCGAUUGAAGAAAUGGAUACGAGAGCAACUGCUGUCCUAGCGGAGACCCCCGCACUUGUGAGGCUGAUCACCCUGCAGAAUGCAGACGGAUCCUGGGACCUGACCCCCCAAAUCCCUGCUGUCCUGGGAAUAUCUGAGACAGACAUAAAGACUGGGAACCCCGACCAGGUAUUGUGUUAUUGACCAUAUCUCUAAUAA